UAGGAGGAGUAGUGGAACUAGAAAGAGGAGGAGUCUGUUUGUUGACAUCGGGUAAAUACGAAAAUCAGAUGAGUGAAGACUGGGGAUAAUACAUUCAUUUUUCGCCGUCAUCUAUACACAUAGCCUUGGCGGAAGCUAAGGCUUCUGUGUUGCAGAGGAUCCGGCAUUAACGUGCACACCCCGUCACAGAAGGUGCGCAGACCUUGCAGUGUCGCUGACGCCUCACCCCCCAAAUGUCCCCUGCACUGCUUUGGUUUUGAUUUGAGCCAGAGAAGAGGAGGCUAACAUGGCAACCAAAGCAGGUGACAACCCUGACAGCCUCAUGACUCUGGCAACAGUCUUCUGCCUGAGGAAUCUAAGGAAGACCAUGUGUUACCAAGGAUUGAGGGACAAGCUUUUCCUGCGCUCUGAUAUCUUCCUUCCAAGUGAAAUUUGUGACAAGUUGGUGAACACAUAUAUGGAGUUGGUCCACACAGACAGUAACUUUGAACCAGAGGAGGGCUUCUUCCAACUAUUUUCUGACCCUCGAAGCACCAGACUGACCAGGGUACAGCUGAGAGAAGACUUUGUUCGUGACAGAGAUUUGGAUGCUAUAAAAAAACAGGACCUGAUUGAGCUCCACCUCACCUACUGCAACAGCUUGUCAUCCCGCAGUUUAAAAACACUGACAUGCUUCCGUGAGACCUUGGUUUCCCUUUGUCUCUUUGGAUGCAGCCACAUCUUCUACAGGAAGGGUGGUGCCCCUCUUGCCUGUAACGAAGACUCAGAAGAUGAGGAGGAGGAGAGUCCUGCUUCUCGGCAAGCAAUAGAGACCGACUUUAAUUUCCAGGGAUUCAACCGCCUCAGGUUGCUCAACUUGGGUGGACUACCUGAUGAGGUGGAUGCUGAGGCCUUGCUCAAACCCCUUAAGUCACUCACCUCAUUAGAUCUGUCUCAUGUACAGUUGCUGGGAGCAGCUUUUCUCACUCAGUGGAAAGACAGACUGGCCUCUAUCGUUCUUUACAAUGUGGACCUGUCAGAAGAGUUGGUCAACACUAUGGUGGAGCUGGUUAAUCUCAGGCAUCUUGAUAUCUCACGAGAGAGCAGGCGGACCUCAAAGUUUAAGAUGACCAGGAAAAUCCUGACAGCCAUUGUACAACGUCUGGUCAGUCUGGUUUCACUGGACAUUUCGGGUCACAUUAUGCUGGACAACUGCACUGUUCCUCACUUUGAAGAAGCUAUGGGGCGCCCAAGCAUUGAACCAUGCAAGAGUAGCAUCUACCCUUUCCAGGAGCUGAAGAGGCCCCUGCAGUUUCUGGGCUUGUAUGACACCACCCUCUGUAAUGUGACACACAUUCCUGCUUAUAAGGUGACUGGGUCAAAGAAUGAAGACCAGGUCUUGAAUGCCAUUGAGGCUUACACAGAGUUUCGUCCUGAGCUGGCCCACAGAGCCAUCAAUCAGCUCUUUGAUAUCGCCAGGAUACAACAUUGCAGCCAGUUACUCCGAGCUUUACAACUUGUCAUUGCAGCUCUGAAGUGCCAUAAAUAUGAUAAGAGCAUUCAGGUAACGGGCAGUGCUGCUCUUUUCUACCUGACCAACACAGAGUACCGCAACGACCAGAGUGUGCGUUUGCGCCGAGAGGUCGUCCAAGUUGUACUAAAUGGAAUGGAGCAGUACCAGGAGGUCACUGUCCAAAGGAACUGCUGCUUGACUUUGUGUAACUUCAGUAUUCCAGAAGAGCUGGAGUUCCAAUACAGUCGAGUCAACCAGCUACUGCUGAAAAUCCUGGAGCCAGCCCGUCAAGAUGAGUCCAUCCAAAGAAUCGCAGUUCAUCUCUGUAAUGCUUUGGUCUGCCAGGUGGAUAACCAUCACAAGGAAGCGGUGGGAAAGAUGGGAUUUGUCAAGACAAUGCUGAAUUUAAUUCAGAAGAAACUACAUGACAGAAUGUGUGACCAAGUAAUGGAGUUUUCCUGGAGUGCUCUGUGGAACAUUACUGAUGAAACGCCUGACAACUGUCAAAUGUUCCUCAACUGUCGGGGCAUGAGUCUUUUUCUGGAGUGUCUACAGGAAUUUCCAGACAAGCAGGAGCUUCACCGCAACAUGUUGGGCCUUUUGGGAAAUGUUGCCGAAGUCAGAGCCCUGAGAUCGCAGCUACUUACUCCACAGUUCAUCACUGUAUUCAGUAACCUGCUGGACAGUAAGGCAGAUGGAAUUGAGGUGUCGUACAACGCAUGUGGGGUCCUUUCACACAUCAUGUUUGAUGGACCAGAGGUUUGGUCCAUGGAGGAGCCUCGAAGAGAGAAGGUGAUGGAGAAGAUGUGGGACGCCAUCCAGAGCUGGGAUGUCAGCUCACGCCGAAACAUCAACUACAGGUCUUUUGAGCCCAUCUUGCGACUGCUGCCCCAGAACAUCUCUCCUGUCAGUCAGCACUGGGCCACAUGGGCUCUCUACAACUUGGUGUCAGUUUACCCAAGCAAGUAUUGUCCCUUGCUGAUAAAGGAAGGAGGAAUAAGUCUUCUGGAGAAAGUUCUGGAGCUGGAAAGCUCCCAUCCAGAUACUAAGGACAUGGCCAGGAAGGUAAUGGAGCAGUGUGAAACCUUUAAAGAAGACCCAAUGGAAACCAAUCAUGGACAGGAAGUAAACUAUGGACAAAGAGGUUGAUAUCACUGGAGCUGUGAUUCCCAGCUGUCAUCAAGCAAACCAACACAAGGCCCUUUGUACUGUCAACACCACAAGGAUCAAUUGUGUGCAUCAUUCUUAUUGUUAUCAUUCUUAUUUUGUAGAGCAGAACAGUGUCUCUGACCAUAUUUGCAGCAGUUUGAAAAUGUCCUUAAUAUAUGACCCAUAGGAGUUAAGGUGUGGUGCAUGGUGUUUUAUUGUGAGGGUGCUUACCUUUGCUGCACAUAAGCACAUCUUCUGUUGGGAUGGGUUUUGUGGGGUCGGGUGGCUCUUAUCUCUUUGUAUCAAUGAUGAUGAUGAUGGUGAUGGUGAUGAUGGUGGUGGCGGUGGUGGUGGUGAUGAUGAUGGUGUGUGUGUGUGUGUGUGUGUGUGUGUGUGUCAAAGAUUUAGCAACAGAACAAAAGGGCUGGAGUGAUGGUGAGUUUACGGAAACAAAUGCCCCUCCUCAGCUCCCCAACUCACUACCCGUAACUGUGUAGUAUUGAACAAAAGGCAAUGCAGUGCCCUAGACCACCAUCAUAGGUCUCAGCUCUCAAUUUGCCAUCCUUCACUUGUUCAUGGUUGUGGAGGCUUCAGAGCCCUGGCCACAUAUACAGUGAAUAUUAGCCAUUGUGUGCAUAGGCUACAGAGAAGCAUCAUAGUGAUGUGGAGGGGAGCGAAGUCUUCCCAUAUCUUGUAGCACAAUAGUGGACUUUUUCUGUUAAAUAUGUAAAUAUUAUCUGUCUCUCUCAUCCUUUUACUGUGUGUAUGUUUUAUAACUGUAAACACCCAUAACUUUACUCUGUAUUUAAAUUGUUUAGGUUUGACUGGAGAGUCGUCAGUGAUAAGAAAUUAGAAACAGAAUACCCAGCCAAUCAAAUGUAGUCUAGAAAUCCUGGAUACUUCGUUCUUUAAAGGAUAUGCAGUUCAGCCUUGCUUCUGUAUUAAUUAUUUAGCACCUAUGGAGUAUUCUUACUUGAGGCAGUGAAGAACUUUAAAAGUGAGAGGAGUUAAAUCACCCAAAGAAAUAUACACUCUAUAGCCAAAUAUAUGGGGGCAUUACAGGCCCCCACAGACAAAUUCAGGGCCAUCCAAAGAGUUGGUAUUCUUAGUUUAUUGUGGUGCAAUUAGAUGGGACUACACAGAGUUGUGUUCAAACAGCCAUGUGAAAUACAUUUUAGUUGAAAUGGAAUGGCACAAAACUAUGAGCCAGACCUUUUAUUCGAGGUCAUUGUUUGAGUUCAGGAAUAUUCUUGUCACUCAAUAGAAGCAAUGUCGGCUUCAUUUGUUGGAAAGAUUGAAACCGGAAGAAUAGAACCUGAAGUUUGAUGCCUGUGGUUUUGUUCAGCCAUCACAUAUGGGUAUAAUGUUCAAAGAUUACACUGCACUCCGAGAACACUACUCACAGACCACCUGCUAAUAUUGUUUUGGUAUAUUGUUAGGUUUAAUGCCUGGAAGGGCUAAUGAAGCCUUGGAUCACUACCCUGGUUAUCUAAUUUCUUGCUGACUCUAUAUAUUUCCAGAUUUUUGUGUUUCAGCCUUUCAGCCCCAACUGAAUCAAUUGGAAUGCUUUUCACAAAUGCAGCAUAGUACUUGCUAACAUCUCAAAAUUACCUCCAAAAUAUUUAUUUAGAUGUCAAUAUGCUUGGCACUUUUCCAUCAUGGUGCCCUUGAUACUACAUGUUGAUUGGCUGUGGAAGGUCUGUUUACUACCACAAGAGAAGACAGGAUUUCACAGUGUCAUGGCUCAACGGUGCUUCCUGUGCUUCAGUUGUGAUGCCAGAUAAUAAAGGAGACAAUACUGAAAAAAAAAAUUGUCCUUUAACGACCCAUGUUGCUUAUCAAUGUUUACUCAUUGGUCAACUUGCUGUUAAAGUAACUGCUUCACUUAAUUAUGCUUUUAUUUUGAAAAGCUGUUCGGAGAAAAAUAAAACUGGUGCUUUAAAAUGCAUGUUUAAUGUUGACACUUGGUUGAUCUGGUCAUGAAGUAGUGCCUGGCUCUCAGAUGGUUUAGUCACUACAAAGGAGGGAAGGUGAGGUGACUGUGAAUUUUACUUUGGACAGAGGAAUCCAAUUUGAUCCCCACCUCUGUUGAACAGAUUUCAUUUCUAGCUUUCUCACCCCUUAACCUCACUUUGACCAGCAACUGAAGUCAUUCCCUUGAAUAUGCUGUUGUGUAUUUAAAGGCAGUCUGUGGAGUUUCCUCUCAUUUCUCACAAAAUCAUCAAAUGUUUUUUUUUUCUUCUAUUUUUCCCAAUUGCUGGUUUCUCUUCUUUUGGCAACCAACUCUUGUUAAGAGGAAUAACAAAAAUUGUGUCUGCACAAAUAUUUAAAUUUAAAUCUUCUGAAUUGCUCUUGUAUGCAGAUGGUUUUUAUGUGGAAAAAAGAAACAGGGCCUUGUUGUUCAAAACAACUAGUGUUCCACACUAGUGGUUAAAAGCUCCACAGAUGACUCUUUCCUUCAGUGGCAUUUUUCCAUAAAUGAUUUUGAGAUCUUUUGUCCAUCAAAGACAUCAGAACCACACAUCAUCAUCUUAGCAGUGUGAAUGGGGAACACUGCUUUAAUUCUUGGGUAGAUUAUUUCCUAAGACAUCGAAAUACACAGAAUUUUGCUGCAAUAGUUUAAACUAUUUUGAUUUAAUAAUUUAAUGAAUGUUUCCCAGUUGAUUUGAUUCCCACUGAUUUCCAGGAGAGUGACAUAUAAAUAAGACCAGCAGAGUGGGUAUUGUUUCUGUAUGCAGUGAUUAAGAGUUUCCAUUAUAAACUUAAAGAUAAUUCCUGUUAUGUAAAUCUGGUAUUGAUCUUAUUUGCCCAUUAAAGAUCCAGUGUGUAAGAAGGGG